GUGGUGUGUGCAUCAGUGUAAUGACUCCAGCCAGACACAUUUCUAGCAGUUUUAGAGGUUUGACAUCUUCCACAGCGCUUUAAAGUUGAAUAUUCUCAGUAGAAUUCAAAUGGGCUGUGUACGUUUUGUGGUCUCCACCGAGAUAUCGAGUGAAGGCUUGUUCAGUCGCGUGAUUGUUGUAUCUUUGGAGCACGCUGACGAGCAUUGUGGUGGUAAAUUUGCUUUGGCGGCCUGUAAAUUCAAGUCUCAAACUUAUGGAAAAAGUAUACCAGCAAGAUUUGUUGCUAUGUUUUAUUUCUUUUACGUUGAAUUACAUUGUUUUGUUUUUUGGCAUAAGAUUUAUUUGGGUAGUGUGAGAGUGUGACACAGAGCCUGAAAGCAUGUGUCUCACGCUGAAAGCGUUGGCAGUCAUGGUACUGUACGUGUGUCCGGGCACAUGCUAGUUCUCAGAGAAGCGAAUUUGCAGCUCAAACUUAAUUAAAGUAGGACAAGCUUUCCAGGGUGGACAUAUUUGUGGAGUGUGUGUGUGUGUGUGUGUGUGUUUGUGUGUGUGUGUGUGUGUGUGCAGCUAGAGGACAUCCAGUGCAGGCUGCCAUCAGGAGCAGUCUAGCCCAGUAACGGUGAGCUGUUUUUGGGUACCGUCAUUCCGCACGUCCUUUAGGCAGUGGGGGAAUCCUGGCUCUCUACUUGCACAUGUGUUACAUUCCCUAUGGAUAUCAGAAAGGGGAAACUGUUCAAAGAUGGCAGCCUGCUCCAGGAUCCAAGGCAGCCAUGUUGGUGAAAGUGAACAGCAUUGGUAGAAACCAAUCUCUGGGUCCUUCUAGCACCCACCAUCUCCUCCAUCUCAACCCCACCAACACAUGUACUGGUACCACUUCACCCAAGCCAAGUUACACUCCCCAACCUGACAGAACUUGCCUACUUGACAAAAUGGCUGUCCCAGGAGACUCCAAGCAGUACCAUCUCAAAAAAGCAGAUAAUGCCAAUUUCUGUCUGGUUCUGCCCACUUCUAGCUCUUACUCUUACCCUGCCCAAUCACGCUCUGGAGCAGGUACACCUCGCCCUUCCUCCCCAAAGUAUGGAGCCACACCCUCAGUACCCAUCUAUGAUGAACCCCCACUCAUGGACCCACCCAUUUAUGAUGAACCCCCAGUGGAAAUGGAAGUGGAGGGGGGGCACCGUUUAAACCGAGGACCCUACUCCACCAAUCACAGCUUGACGCAAGGAACCCAGCAUCCUAAACUUCUCCAGUACUCCCAGUCCAAGCACACUUGCAGCUCUUCUGCUAGUGAGUACAGUCCAGCUGGCCGGGAGUGCAUCAAGCACAUGGUAAAUGUGGAUGUGGCUACAUCCAAGCACCAGUCCUCUAAUCCCAGUGAGGUUUCUUCAAACACAGCCAGUUCUCAAAUCCAGCCUCAGUCCACAAUCCCUGCCCAGAUUAAAAAGGAGGUCUCUGUAGAGAAGAAGCAUUCAUGGAGAUUAUUGGAGCAUCACCACAGCCGUCAAAGCAGCCUGGCCUCCCAGGAGUACACAAGUCCUGCUGCCGUUACGUACCAGGACUCGGGCUACUCUACCGGGCCAUCACCAAGCCUGCGGAGGAAGAACCGGCGUCGCGCAGCUCUGGGUGUAGGGUCGGGGCGGCCCGGCUCCAUGGACAGCAGUGGAGAAUUGAGUGCACUCAAUGAGAAGCUGAUGGCAGAAAUGAGAGCAGUGGUGAACCGUUCAAAUGUGCUUCAUGGAAGCAAGGCCAGUCUGGACACUGAGAUGGGCUCAGUGGCUUCUGAGUGUACUGCCCGCUCACCGGUCAGUUCAUUAAAGAUAGGUGCAAGAGGGAGUGGAACGCUGGGGUCAAGGGAGGAUGUGACAUCAAGUAAUCACUCACUGUAUAGGGGUGGGUGUAGUAACCAUGGUGACAUACUGCUGUCGCCACUGGUGACUGAUGGCAUGGGAGGCAGGCAGAAAAGGAUGUUCGAGAGAGUGGAUUCAUUGGGAAAGAGUGUAACGUCACAGACCAGUUUGUCCUCUCCAGAACCACCCAGGUCACCAUCACAGAUAGGAACACUGGAAUCCAAAAUUCAGCAGGACGUGUUGCCCCAAGACUGUGACCAUGAAAGAGUGGGUCGUGGAACUGCCCGCAUCACCCUUAGAAACAACAACAACAGCCCACCACCCUCCCACACCAGCACGGGUUACCAGUACCCGUAUUCCACCCUCUGCAAGCCUCCACAUGAUGCCAACAUGGAGGACUGGGCCAGCAAGAAUCUUAACCAGCACACACAGGGCCUGUUCCGCCGACGAGUUUCCAUAGCUAAUAUGCUAUCGUGGAACCGCGGCUCCAUUAAGAAACCCAUGUUGAUUACCAGCGACCAGGCUGUCAAGAAGGAAUCAUGCGAGAUGUACAAGCUGGUACAGGCCUACAUGGGAGACAGGCCGGCCAGGCUGGAUAAACGGCAUGCAGCCCUUCAAGUAGUGACAAAGUGUUGGGGAAUGCAAGGUUUGAGGGAUGAGCUCUACGUGCAGUUGGUGCGGCAGACCACCGAUAACUUGAAUUUGAGGAGUCUGGAGGCGGGUUGGGAGCUGAUGGCCAUCAGCCUAACGAUUUUUUCGCCUUCCCCCAAAUUUAGACGCUACUUGGAAGGCUACAUCCAGAGACACCUUGAGCCCAGUAAUGAUAAGAAGAUUAUUCUGCAUAUCAUGGAACAACAGGACAUAAAAAACAAGAAGAAUUCAAAGUCCAGGAAGAAGAGGAAACAGAACAAUGAAGAAGAGGAGGAGCAGGGUCUUCCCAUCAGCACUUACGCUAAGUACUGCUACCGUAAGCUGCAGAAGGUGGCCAUUACUGGGGGCAAGAAGGGUCUGAGGAAGCCCACUCUGGAGGAGAUUGAUCACGGACGGAAUGCCAUCGUGACGCCAUCUCUGUUCGGCAGUGCUCUGGAGGAGAUCAUGGAGAGACAGAGUGAGCUCUUCCCAGAUAGGAAACUUCCUUGGGUGCAAGUGCAGCUCUCGCAAUACGUACUGGCCCUGGGUGGAGCCCAAACUGAGGGCAUUUUCAGAGUACCGGGGGACAUUGAUGAGGUGAAUGCUCUCAUGCUACAGGUGGACCAGUGGAAUAUUCCAGAAAACCUCUCUGAUCCCAAUGUCCCAGCAUCUCUGUUGAAGUUGUGGUACAGGGAGCUUGAGGAUCCAGUAAUUCCUCAGAGUUUCUAUAAGCAGUGUAUCAGUCACUAUGAAGAUCCUGAUGCUGCCAUUAGUGUGAUUCAGUCGCUACCAGAACUCAACAGAAUAGUGCUCUGCUACUUCAUCAACUUUUUACAGGUCUUUGCCCAGCCAGUGAAUGUGAGUAGGACUAAGAUGGAUGUGAAUAAUUUGGCGAUGGUCAUGGCUCCGAACUGCCUGCGUUGUCAGUCUGAUGAUCCUCGAAUCAUCUUCGAAAAUACUAGGAAAGAGAUGUCGUUCCUCCGUAUACUUAUUGUCCACCUGGACACCAGCUUCAUCAAGGGCUUAAUCUGACCCCUCAGACACAAAUCCUCUGCUAAAACUGUGGAAUGAAUCAUCCAGGAGAUGAUUUGAUUCAGGAUAUCCUUCUAGGAAUCAUUCUCAUCUUCAAGUUUCACAAUAUUAGUUCCACUGACUUUUGGAGUACACCUCAAAUCUGGACUUGGCUCAAAGUGUUCAUCCUAAACGAUUUUUUUUUUUUUUUGGAGCCUGUAUAAACUGAAUCGAUUUAGUAAAUUUGAUUUCAUGUGGCAAAGAUCAAAGACACGGUUACAGUACGAGACUUUAAUAAAGUCUUGCAUAGAAAAUAACAUAAAAUGCAUUACAUUUGUUUACUUGGGGUUGUUAUUUCUUCUAUCUUUUAUAUUAAUUAAAGGGGAAAUACAUCCUUUGGACAAUCAUAAUCUUUUCCUUUCAGUCCCAAUACCCUACAUGCAAUAUGAUCUGCAGUGUAUUACCUUAAUUUAAUAUGGCAUAAGUGUUCUGAUUAUUUAAUAGCAACUAUUUGUAAGCUUAAUAAUGAAUGGGGGGAGAAUUAUAGCCUUCAGUUUUGUGUAUAAGCCUACAAUCAAGCUCAGGAGGUGAUGUGUGAAUGUGUGAAUGCAUGUGUGAAGUGCCCAUGUAAACACACGCAACUAUGUGCAUGUCCGCAUUGCAAUAUGCGCCAAAUGGAAGGGUACCAUGAGCCAAAGUUAGGAAACUGUUUUUCAACCAUCACAACUGUAGUUUUCCAAACAUCUCUCAAUGUUCCCAUUUGAAAAUUCAAAACUAAGUUUCCAGAAGUUGGCUGGCUAUGUCAGUAUAGUUGGUCCAGAAACAUACUAAAUGCAAGCACACAAAUGCAGACGUGAAUGUUAAGUCAACAAAUUGCAAACAUGUGGCACCAUUGUAUAUACUUUAGUGUGAAGUGUGUAAUGCCACUAUCAUUUGAAAAUGGAAUGGCUAAAUAAUUACUGUUUUCAAACAGGUUUCCCAAACUCACUAAUGUUGUUUUGUCAGGCUGUUAAGGAUGCCCUAACAAUGUGUUUACACUUUUCAGGGAAAUCAACCUACAAAGAGCUUAGUUGUGUCUGCAUAUGAAUUUGGGAGCUAGUAUUUUAACAUCGCAAAAAUUACACCUCCUUUAUGAUGUACUUGUAUUAUUGCGUUACGAUGGUGAUGUCAAACAUCAGUACUCAAGGGGGCGAUGAAUUUACCUUGAAAGGACUGUGCCAGUAAACCUAAUGUGAUACUAUUUGGUAGCGGUUGACCUAUUAAUCGGUGUUACUGUAAGCGCAGAUUAGUUCUAGUGGGAAGACUCGCAGCUGUAGCCAAUCACAUGUAAGCCAUUGCUUUAUAAGUCUGCUCACAAUACACAUUGCCGUUUCACACGGCAACCUCGACCACCCAACCACCACAAGUUGAGUCCCGUCCUGCAUGGGGGUAGGCUCCUCGCCCCUGCCUCCUAUCUCUGGCAGGAUCUGACGUUCCGCGUACAACUUCUUCGGACCGCCAGACGGGGCUUACGCCAAAGAGAGACAUUAUAUUCCUGUUUCAUAUUCAUCAAAUAAAUGUAAUCUUAAACUUUACUCAAGUCUACGAGUCUUCCUGAUAGAACUAUUGGUUAUUGGAAAAAGUUUUACAGCGAUAUUUCUCCAAUAGUCCCCCUCCCCCGCCCCAUGGCUGGGGUUGGAAGGUUCUUAAGUGGUCACGGUGUAUUCUGGGCUUGUUUAUUGUUAAAUGUUCGCGUUUUGAACUAAUUAUAAUUUUUUUCUGGUUAUUAUCUGUAUUUUGGUUGCGCAUCUGGGAUUUCAUCCAAUUUGAACUCUAGUUGCCUCUAUGCACUAGGAAUCACAGUAGGAAAACACUUAAGAACAUGUUUAACACAUUCAAUUUCGGACCCCCUCGAAAACAAGAUGGUUCAUCUCAAAGGGUUUAUCCUAAUAAAUAAAAACUAUUUUGAUGAUUUUGAAAACUAUUGGCCGAUUAAUCGGUUAUCUGCCUUUUCCACCAACUUAGUUAUUAGUAUCUGCAAAAUCCAACAUCGGUUGACCUUUACUAUUAAGGUAUCUCGCUAUAAAAAUGUCGAGAGUUGUACUAACUUGCUCAGCAAGAUACUGUUCAAACUGUUGCUCCAAAACUGUCUGUAGAAGAUGAUUCACCUUGCAGAAAUCCAUUCGGACAUAUUUUUGAACGCAGCAUGUUUAAUUGAGCUUGUGUAGCUAGACGUAUUUGCGUUCAUGCACUAGAGUAGAGUGUAUUUCAGGCCUUGCCAUUAUCACUGGUACCUUUUGCCACCAAACUGAAAGCAAUACAUUGAUUUCUCUGUGUUUUUGGUAUAUGAACUCAUCUGUAAAUUCCAUUUUUAAUGGUUCACUCAAAACUGAACUACCAUGAUUCAUCCCUGAUAUUAAAUAAAAAUACAACUGGCUAUUGAUAUAAAGUGGGAUCUGCAAUCAGCUCUGUCUCUGCUUUUGUACAGUAUAUAGACCCCUCAUCUGAUGAAUAGUUGUGUUAUAAAGCUGAAUGAAUUGUGACAAUAAGUGAGCUAUUUGAUUUGAGACUCUGAAUGGGAGUGUUUAGUCCUCUUCUGUUGCACUUCCCCCUCAGUUACUUUCUCCCACCUGUGGGUCUUCAUGAUCUUGGCAGAGUCUGAAAUUCAUCCUGCACUCUUACUGUAAAUGCUCCUUAAGGAUUUUGUGUCUUAUUUGCUCUGGUCAUCAAAUAAAGAUUGACUUAGUUUCAUAAAGAACAUUUGUAUAAUUGAACAAAAUCUGUCCUCCAAUUUCUGUCUCUAUCCAUGACUUGCAGAAAGAUUAUGUACUUUGCAUGUAAAAUCAGAUUCCAUGUAGUCCAUAACA